UCACAUGCUAGUGAUGAAGAUGUGGGAGACGGUUCUUUGUGCUCUCCUGUCCACCCUCAUUUCCCUCAUCUUUGGUGGACUCUACACAAUUGGAGUGUUUCGCCAGAAGAGAUCAAAGGAACCACCUUUGGACAAGGGUUUUAUUCCAUGGUUAGGUCAUGGGCUAAGUUUUGGCAAACACCCUAUCCCAUUUUUGGAAAAGAUGAAGAAGAAACAUGGAGAUAUCUUCACAGUAUUGGUUGGAGGUCAGUAUAUCCAUGUUUUGAUGGAUCCUCACAUGUAUGGAUUUAUCUUCAAGAAAUCAAAAAACAAGCUGGAUUUUGGAGUCUUCGCAACCAACGUUGUCUUGAAUGUGUUUAAUUUCCAACUGACCACCACUCAUCAUAAGAUUGCAGAAACUGGCAGCAAGAGGUAUCUCCAAGGGAAGAGUCUAGUUGCCCUCAAUCAAAUUUUUAUGCAGAAUCUGAAGGAAAUCUUGCUUGAUUCGGCUGAAGAGAAGAAAUGGCAUCAGGAAGGUCUAUGGCGCUUCAGCUACAAAGCCAUCUUCCAUGCUGCUUUCCUGUCAUUGUUUGGCGUUGUGCCAGAGUUAGAGGUCAACUGCAAAGAAAACACCAAGGAAAGAAGGUGUAAAUCAUAUGAGAAGUUCUUUGAGGACUUCCAGCAAUUUGAUGAAUUCUUUCCACAAAUGAUCCUCAACAAAAUGGAUUCCAAAACUAAGAAGGAGAUCCAGAGGCUGAGGGACUACUUUUGGGAUCUCCUGUCUGUCAAGAAGAUAGACAAGAGGGAAGACAUCAGCAUUUGGUUAACAGACCAAGAUCAACAGCUGGCUGAAGCUGGGAUGACUGAGAAGAUGAGAACUCAGGUCCAGUUUCUUUUCCUAUGGGCUUCUCAAGCCAACACGGGUCCGGUGACUUUCUGGCUGCUUGCAUAUCUUUUGAAACAUCCCAAAGCCAUGAAGGCAGUAAGGGAAGAAGUAGAACAAGUGCUAAAAGAGAUCGGUCAAGAAGAAAACCUCAUGAACCUGUCAUUGCAAGCCAUCAAGACUCCUCUUCUUGACAGUGCAGUGGAAGAAGUUCUCCGCUUGAAAGCUGGUUCUUUCGUAUUUAGGAGCGUGAUGGAGGACCUCAACCUCCAGAUGGACAACGGAAAAGAAUAUAGCCUUCGGAAAGGCGACCAUCUUCUUCUCUUCCCUUUCCUGGGACUACACAUGGAUCCGGAAAUCUACCCUGAGCCUCAAAUCUUCAAGUAUGACCGCUUCUUGAGCCCCGAGGGCAAGAGAAAAGAAUUCUUCAAAAAUGGUAAAAAGUUGAAAACUUGUGUCUUGCCCUUUGGAGGUGGACCUUCAAUGUGUCCUGGACGCUUCUUUGCGGUCAGCGAAAUGAAACUAUUCACCAUGCUGAUGCUCACCUACUUCGACAUGGAGCUGGUCAACCCAGAAGAAGAACUGCCUUCCUCAAUUGAAAACCGCAUCUUGAUUGGGACGGCGCAUCCAAUGCGUGACAUCGAUUUCAAAUAUCGACGGCGUCUCUAAAGUAACAAACUCAGGGUAUAAACCUGAGACUUUAUAGGAGAAGGGGAGAAAAAAUUAAGGUUGCCUCUAGACUCGUCUUCAUAUGCUACACAGGUAGUCUUGACACAUGACUGUAACGGAGCUUGCCUGUUGAAGUCAUUUGUCAAAACAGUCACAAAAUGUGUCAAUCAUGUAAAUGAUCUGAUUUUAUGACCUUUUUGGCUAUGGUCAUUAAGUACCAUCAAUGGUUUGCUCUGGGCACGGUUUUGCCAAAAACCAGAAAUAAGUGAUGGUUUUUCGUAAAACCAUAGUAAAUCUGGUUAGAAUGCUGCAAAUGCCCCUAAAUGUUCAUGGGAAGGAGGUCAAAAAAUGUCUGUCCCAACCAUACAAAAACAAGGUUCAGGGCUUCAACUGCAUAAUUGAGGCCACUAACUUGAAUUUUUUUUUUUACCUAUUCUUGCAGAUAUCUCCAAGCUAAAAGUAUUGUGUGUUCCUAUUUACAACUGUUUCUGAACAACGAAGCACUGCCGUUUAUAUGUCAGGUGCAAACAAGAGCCAAAAUGAUGUCAAAGGAGGGUUAUAUGUAUAACUAAGUUCAAAAGUGAAGACUUAAAGCAAAUCUUAGCUUGCAAGUAACAAAGUUUUGUCCCCUGCUUUUUUUCCCCAUCCACUUGCUUAUCUAAAUUGUUGGUUUUUGUAAUUUUCUUUCCGUAGACACAACUCUCCUUUGAAGCCUUGAAUAAAAGAGAAAAGGGGGAAAAUACUCUAUAAUCUGAAUGCAUCGGGUUCUUAAUUGGGCAAUCUACUUGUCAUAAAAUGUUUGCAGUAAAUGGAAGAUUUAUCCUUUAGACGCUUUAGCUUGCUGAUUUGAUCUGGUCUGAUCACUUCAUAAAUAUCAAGGAACAGCUUAACUCUUAUGAAAACUUUGGACGUCCCUGCCUGUUUUAUUGCUUAGCCAUUUUACUAAGAGUGGAGCCAGAAAGGGAGUCCAUUUGAAGUCCCUUAUUAAUAAACCAGGUUUGUUCUGUAUUAGACAGCAUUGCAAACUGGCAGAAUGUAAACAAGGUUGUGGAGUGUUUAGAAAGUCCUUCAGAGAAAAAUUGCAUAAGGCGAUGCAGCCUUCACCGAGGGAGGAACCUCAAAACUUAGGAAUGCAGCUGCCAGAACAUCCAGCUACGGUCAUUGGAAAACAAAAUGACCUGGUUUAAGACAUUUCAUGACCUGACUAGGGGACAUCAUCAGUGCUAGAAGGGCAUGUGGUGUAUUCUCAUUUUAUAUACCAGUGAUGUCUAAUAGCAGUACUGCUGAGAGUGGACUUGGUAGUUCAUUUGAUCAUAGAAAAGUAAGUCUCAUCAGAUACCACCAAAACCUCAACAAUUUCACCAUCAACCUGAGUCAACAGAACACUUCCUUGAAGUCACGGCCAAACCACACACUGGACACUUAAAUAUCAUGUGAUGCAGGAAAUCCACAGGAUGUCACGCAUAAGCUAUAAGCUUCUAGCACAGAUCAAUUUUCUGGAGGAGGAAGAGGACGACGACGACAACGAUUACAACUGUGGGAUCCUUGGUGCUCUCUGAGCUUGAUGGUUUUCUUGCAGACAUUUCAUGACCCAACUAGAUAACAUCAUCAGUGCUAGAAUUCCACCAAGCUCAAAGAGCGCCACAGAUAAUAAUUUGUUUUUUAGAACAGCAGCUACCAAGGUAUCAUUAUUAUCAAUAGCCUUUUUUCAAAAAUUAAAUGAAAGAAGGGGAUUUAGAAAAUAAAAGUAAAUCGUUGCAAAUACAGGUUGUCCUCAAGUUAUGACCACAACCGAGCCCAAAAUGUCUGUUGUUAAGUGCGUUUUGCUCAAUUUUAUGAUCUUUCUUUCCAUAGUUGUUAAGUGAAUCACUGCAGCUGAUAAGUUAGUAACCCAGUUGUUAAAUGAAUCUGGCUUCUCUGUUGACUGUCAGUAGAUUGCAAAAGUUGGUGGGUGACACAACCUUGGGACCCAGCAACGGUCAUAAAUAUGAAAUAUGAAUUUUGAACACAUGAUCAAAGGGAUACUGCAAAGUUGUAAUUGGAAAAAAUGGUCAUAAACCACAUUUUUCAGUGCUGUUGUAACUUUGAACAGUCACUAAAUGAACUGUUGUAAGUUGAGGACCAGCUGUAUUCUCUGACCCUCCCUUUAAGAGAGUCAUAUAUGCUCCAGGCCCAAACAAACCUAAUUUUGGUUUCAAAAUGAUUUUAAGUGCCAUAUUCUCCUGUUCUUCACUACAUAUUUUAGUGACUCAAAAUAAUACUUUUGUAUAUUGUGUAAAGCAAAACCACAGCUGGAUGAAUGUUCAUGUUUGAUGAUCAGUAAACGUUUUUUUUUUUUUGUUUGUUUGUUUCUGCAGAACUGUUUUUAUAUUUUGUGAGAUUUCCUUUGUAUCACUCAGAAUAUACAUUUGUAUUGUUCUUUUCUUUUUUUUAACUCACGCUGCUCUGGAAAUGUGAUCUCAGUUGAUAAAAAGAUUAGAUUUCAUUGUAUCAUUUCCACUCAAAUAGAAGAACUGAGAUAUAUUUUUUUGACAUUUUGCAUCUUGUUUUGUCCAGCCAAGUCCACUGAUAAAGAAACACAGUGAAAAUGUAAUUAUUAUCAUUUAAUUGUCUUACACAUAACGACAAGGAGCACAGGUGGUCUCAACUUAUGACAAUUGAACCCCAAAUUUCUGUUGCUAAGCAAACCAGUUGUUAACUGAGUUGUUCUUCAAUUACAACCUUUCUUGACACUAUUGCUAAGCAA